CAUAACGUUAUAUAACGACAAACACCACAACAAAAACAGAUGACAACAACUCCAGUGAUAAUAACUCAAGACAUAAACAUCACUGCAAUAGAUCUCGUCAUCGCAUAUAUAGUGAUCGCAUAGUGUGUGUCUCAACCCGUCAUCUGAUCCAAAGCUGUAAUGACUUAACGCAUCGUAAACCUGAAGAGCACUCCCGAUGGCCAACAUUUACCACCACUGCUACCACUCUUAAGACAUCUCACAAGACAACACCCCAUCUCUCUCUCUCUCUCUUAAACAUCACUGACAGCUGAUCCACACAUUCGUGAUGAACGGUCUGCGAGAGUCUGAUUACGUGGACGCGCUGAAGACGUACCAGAGGUCGCGCUUAGAGCACAUGCGGUCUGAGGCGACGAAUAUGCGGCUGUAUUUGGACACUCUUCGGGCCAAAGUGGCCGCUCUGGAGACGCAGCGCACGCGACGGCGCCGCCUAUCGGUGGGCGACGAUAUCGGCGGCGAUUUAGUGGUCACUUGUCGUCAACUGCGGACCGACAACCUUCAGCUCCACAUCGACUGUCACUGUAUGACCAUUGAAGUGGAUCUGUACGCGUCCGGCCGUAUGCCACUCGGCGUCACCGACGAGAGCUUUUUCCGCCAUUUGCACGUUCUUCGGGCCAACGGUUUGCCAUUUUUGGCGCCCAAUCAACGCCAUAACCACCCGAUGCCGGGCCAGUACGUGGCCACAGGCGCCGCCGCACCACCGGUGCCCCAACGGCCGUAUCCGGUGCAGCACAUGCCUACCACUCGGUAUACCCACCCCUUGCAUACCGUGCGCUACUCUUACCAACAGGUCUACUGUCCGUCGUUGGCACUCACGAGCGGCCGCUUCGCCAGCGGUUACGGCGCCGGCGGUAGUGGCGGACAGUUGUUAUCACAGGUGCCGCCAACACCUAUAAACGGUGGUCACCGACUGCUGCCCCGAACGCCAUCACCGCAUAGUAGGCCCCGAUCGCCGUUACCCGCGUCUAGUGGUGUGCCGUCUCUGCCGCCACCCCUACCGCCGCGCGGCUCCCCUCGACCCGUGAGAUCGGCGCCCGAACCGCGCGUUUCCAUCACCGCUCCUGACGUCGCCGACAGUAUCGCCGGACUGACCGUCGAUGACGACGAAGAGGACGGCCAGCGAUGGGUGUGUCCGAAGUGUACGGUCGAGAAUCACUCGGCCCUCACCUACUGUGAAGUGUGCGAAUUGCCCCGCAAUGUGCGGCUC